GGUCUCUAGUUCUCUCUUGUUAAAACCCACUAAACUGCUUUUUAGCGUCUUCAACAUUUGAACAAAAAUGCAUCUGUGGCCAUCAUUGAAACUUAGAAACUCUUUCAAGAGCACUAGCAAGAAGAGAUAUCAAAGGACUAACAGCAGCGGGCAAAAUAGUCAAAGCAAUCAACAGAAACUCCUAGAAUCUGGCCAUGAGAUUCCAUCUGAUAGCUGGUUUGGUGCUGUCUGCAGAGAUCUUGCCAUGGUUCUCUCUUGCUGCUUCUGUUGUUUCUGCUGCGGAGCUUGCAUUGAUGAGGAGGAUAAUUGAUGCUAAGCUCCCACUGGAGGAGCAAGUGAAGAAAAGAUAAUUAUAGCUCUUUAUAAAAUAGUCUCCCAAAAUGUAACAUAUUGUUUCUAUUGACUUUCUGAAUUCAUAUAUUUAGCUUUAUACAAUCAACUAUUCUACUAUUAAAGUUGUCUGAUUAGUGGUUACAGGACUUA